CGUCCCCCGCGUCAAUCAGGUCUCUCGCCACCGCCAGCUUCGCGUCCGUCCUCCACCCCCCUCCCGACCCAAUCCCGCGAGCACGACCCCCCAAUGGCGUCGUCGGAGAUCGGAGUGGUCGAGGACACCACCGCCAUCUCCACCGCCGCCCCCGCCACUGGAGGCGGAGCGGGACCGGCCGUCGCGGCGGGGGCGGGGCGGGAGGGGGAGGAGGAGGCGCUCAAGGACGACGUGUACACAGGCGCGGCCUACGGGGACCUGGAGAAGCUGCAUCGCCUCAUCGAGCGCGAGGGCCGCUCCGUGACGGAGCCAGACGGGCUGGGGUACCACGCGCUCCAGUGGGCCGCGCUCAACAACCGCGUCGCCGCCGCCCAGUACAUCCUCGAGCAUGGAGCAGAUGUAAAUGCUACAGAUCACACAGGGCAAACAGCGCUUCACUGGAGUGCGGUGCGUGGUCAUAUUCAAGUUGCAGAACUACUUCUGAAAGAAGGAGCUAAGAUGGAUGCUGCCGAUUUAUAUGGAUACCAGACCACACAUGUUGCAGCACAGUAUGGUCAGACAGCAUUUCUUUGUCACAUUGUUGCAAAGUGGAAUGCUGAUCCUGAUGUCCCUGAUAACGAUGGAAGAAGCCCUCUUCACUGGGCUGCAUAUAAGGGAUUUGCAGAUACCAUACGUCUCCUCUUGUUUUUAGGUGCCUAUAGGGCACGGCAAGAUAAAGAAGGUUGUACUCCUUUACAUUGGGCUGCUAUUCGGGGGAAUUUUGAGUCGUGCACUGUGCUAGUUCAGGCUGGCAAAAAGGAAGACCUUCUGGUGCAAGACAAUACUGGCUUGACUCCAGCCCAACUUGCCGCUGAUAAGAAUCAUCGACAAGUUGCAUUUUUCCUUGGGAAUGCUAGAAGAUUACAUGAAAGGGGAUGUGGUGGGAACAGUUAUUUUGGGAAACUAUCAAAAUUCGGACUUGCCCCUCUUCUUUGGUGUAUCAUUAUAGGUUUAAUUGUUACAUAUAUACAUUCAAUUAUCUUAGGACAAUAUAACACAAAUAUGACUAUACUUUUUGGGUUAUUUUCAUGGUUGGGAGUUUUCCUUGCAACCGCUGGACUGGUUAUGUUUUAUAGAUGCAGCAGGAAAGAUCCUGGUUACAUCAGCAAGAAUAUAAGGGACUCACAAAACCAAAGAGAUGAUGAACCUUUGUUGAAGAGGGGUCUGGACAACCCUGAACUUCUGGCUGGUAAUUGGUCUCAACUAUGUAUAACUUGCAAAAUUGUCAGGCCUGUACGCUCAAAACACUGCUCUACAUGUGACCGCUGUGUUGAGCAAUUCGAUCAUCACUGCCCUUGGGUAUCUAAUUGCAUUGGAAAGAGGAACAAAUGGGAAUUCUUUAUGUUCCUUAUCCUAGAAGUUUCUGCAAUGAUCAUUACUGGUGUAACAGCCAUCAUAAGAAGUGUAGGAGACCCGGCUUCUCCAACAUCAUUUGGUGGAUGGCUUAACUAUACAGCUAUAAACCAUUCCUGGGUUGUGUCUUUUGUCAUAAUGAACCUCUUGCUUUUCUUUGGUGUAAUAGCUCUAACAGUAAUUCAAGCAUCACAGAUAUCCAGUAAUAUAACAACAAAUGAGAUGGCAAAUGCCAUGAGGUACAGUUAUCUCAGAGGACCAGGUGGCAGAUUCAGAAAUCCAUUUGACCAUGGGGUGCGUAAGAACUGUUCUGACUUCUUGCUGAAGGGGUACAACGAGGAUAUUGAGAGGGUUGAACAGACACUGCAGCCUGAUGAGGAAAUGGGAACGAUUCAGAUGACAAGAAGCGCAGUCUCGCAGAAUGGCGAGAGCAUUCCGCUUCAUAUUAAUGGCACUGACCAUGGUUGUGCCGAUUCCCAAUCAAACUCAAAAUACCAUCGUCAACUUAGUCCGUCUAAGUGUUGCAGUCACAGUAAGAAAACAGAUAAGACCCCUUUGGGCCUAGGACUGGGCCUUGGGCGUAACAAUCCCUCUAGCCGUUACGCAUGGUCUCUUCUUCCCUUGUGAUUCAUUUGGAGAAUGCGAGUGCAUUCUUUUUUCAGUUGUAAAUGCAUUUGCAGAACCACAGCGAUGUUUGUAUGGGCUAUUUCCUCAUCAGUGCUUCGUGAUUUGUCUCUGGUUGCACUGACAUUGUAAUGGUGAUAGAAAUGGAGCCCCAAAUCUAAAGUUACUGAAAGGGUGACUAUAGAGGAGAUGGGAGUUUCGUGAAGGUUUCGUAAGUAUCUUCUACUCGCAUCUUACGGAACACCAGAUAAAUUUUGUAAAGCCAUGUAAUUGUUCUUGGUGCAAAAGUAUAACAAUUUACGAUGUGUCCA